CUUGAGACAUUUUGUCUCCCGGCGUGCAAUGCGUCCGCCCCGGGUGGCCUCCGCCCGGAAGACGGAAGUGCAAAGACUUCCGGUCGGCGUGAGCCUGAGGUGUGUGUGUUCGUUUCUCAGGUAAAACAUGGCUAAAAGCUUACGGAGUAAGUGGAAAAGAAAGAUGCGUGCUGAAAAGAGAAAAAAGAAUGCCCCAAAGGAGGCCAGCAGGCUUAAAAGUAUUCUCAAACUAGACGGUGAUGUUUUAAUGAAAGAUGUUCAAGAGAUAGCAACUGUGGUGGUACCCAAACCCAAACAUUGCCAAGAGAAAAUGCAAUGUGAGGUAAAAGAUGAAAAAGAUGACGUGAAAAUGGAGACUGAUAUUAAGAGAAACAAAAAGACUCUUCUAGACCAGCAUGGACAGUACCCAAUAUGGAUGAACCAAAGGCAAAGAAAAAGGCUGAAGGCAAAGCGAGAGAAAAGAAAGGGGAAAAGCAAAGCAAAAGCAGUGAAAGUGGCAAAGGGUUUGGCCUGGUAGACUCUUAAAACCUUGGGAAAUGCCACAUGGGAUAGAUGACGGAUUAGAAUGUAUACACAUGUAUACUUUGAUUUCAACUGCCACCAAAUGAAAACCAUUUGUUUUCCUAUUUUAACUUGGCCUUUUUUCUUCAAUUCAAACCCAGCAUAACUCCUCAAGUUUGUUUUGGGAACUUGAAUAAAAUAUUUUCUUUGAUACAUCCAAGCUCUACUGAUACUUUAAUUGGAUGCUACCCAAUAUCCAGUUAUAAUCAGGCCUCAACGUUCUGUCAGGUAUUAAUAUGGUUAGAAUUGUUCUUACAACUGGUAAUUAUAGUCAAUAGAGAUAAAACAGAUGAUGUACUGACAAAUUUUUGUGAACUUAGAUUUUAAAGAAAGUUGUUGUAUAAUCAUAUCAUUUAAAAAUACUACAUUAGGGCUGGGCAUGGGGGCUCACACCUGUAAUCCCAGCACUUUGGGAGGCCGAGGCAGGUGGAUCACGAGGUCAGUUCAAGACUAGCCUGGCUAAUACGGUGAAACCCCAUCUCUACUAAAAAUACAAAAUUAGCCGGGCAUGGGGGCGCGCACCUGUAGUUCCAGCUACUCGGGACGCUGAGGCGGGAGAGUUGCUUGAACCCAGGAGAUGGAGGUUGCAGUGAGCCGAGAUUGCCCCACUGCACUCCACCCUGGGCAAUGGAGUAGGACUCUGUCUCAAAAAAAAAAAAAAAAAAAAAAAUACAAUAUUAAUGGAUCUUAUAAAGUACUUGUGUGGAGCUUUGAUUCCACAGAAUAAAAGAUAUUUUGUGUGUA